UACAAUCUUAAUUUUUACUUCCAAAAUAUUCACUGUCAACAAAAUGCAUGUAUACAAUGCAUGUAUUUAAAAGCAUCAACUCAAAGUCAGCAAAUUAGUUGCAAAAAUUUUAAUCUUAAUUCCCCCACUUUCAACAGGUACAGUAUUGUGUCAGACAUCCUACCAGAGGAGGAACUCCAGAAGAUUUCAAGCCUAGCACUCCGUAACGGACACCAUCCCCCCAAUAUCCGACACCGUGACUCUGAAGGCGAGGGGAGUAGUAGGAGGUCUGGAGCCUCUGCUGCCGCGCUCGGCACAAGGGGACAAGGAGGCAUGAACAACUACAACGGAAAGAUUCUGACAAGGGGCUCCAAUCAAAUACGGAGCCGAUUUGUAAAGAAAAAUGGACAAUGCAAUGUUGUGUUCACCAACAUGGAAGACAGAAAGCAACGCUAUCUCGCUGAUAUCUUCACCACCUGUGUGGACAUCCGUUGGAGAUAUCUGCUGCUUAUAUUCUGCGCCAGCUUCAUGGUGUCCUGGCUAUUUUUUGGUUUAAUCUUUUACUUUGUCUCCCUGGCACAUGGGGACUUUGAUGAGCCCCUGACACAGAAAGGUGAAGCAACAGUAGUAGGAGAAAUGCAUGGAGCAUCCUCUGGACACACAAUAGGAACACAAUCCCAAAGGAUUCCCUGCAUAAAUCAUGUUCAGGGGUUUGUUGGUGCACUCCUAUUCUCUAUGGAGACCCAGACAACUAUUGGCUAUGGCUGGCGCUGUGUUACAGAAGAGUGUCCUUUGGCUGUGAUUACAGUGGUGAUACAGUCCAUUGUAGGUUGCAUCAUUGACUCUUUCAUGAUUGGCACCAUCAUGGCCAAGAUGGCCCGGCCAAAGAAGAGGAACCAGACCCUCAUGUUCUCCAAAAAUGCCGUCAUUGCAAUGCGUGAUGGCAAGCUGUGCCUCAUGUGGAGAGUGGGCAAUCUGCGGAAGAGCCACAUUGUGGAAGCCCACGUCCGUGCACAGCUCAUACGCUCAUAUGUGACAGCUGAGGGGGAGUUCAUCCCCUUGGAGCAGAUGGACCUCAAUGUGGGCUACGACGAGGGCACAGACAGGUUGUUUCUUGUAUCACCGCUGGUUAUAAUUCAUGAGAUAGAUAAAGAUAGCCCCUUGUACACUUUAAGCCGAGCUGAUCUGGAAGGAGAUGACUUUGAGAUUGUUGUGAUUUUGGAAGGGAUGGUGGAGGCCACAGCCAUGACCACCCAGUUCCGUAGUUCCUACCUUGCCAGAGAGAUUUUCUGGGGUCACAGGUUUGAGCCUGUGAUCUACGAGGAUCGGGACCGCUACAAAGUCGACUACGGCCGCUUUCACAUGACCUAUGAGGUGCCGGCAACACCCCAUCUCAGCGCCAAAGAGCUUGACGAAACUGCUAGCCGGGCCUCCUCUGCUGCAUCUCCUGUAUUGGCAUAUAGAUCCACACAAAGCCUGAUCCCAGGGUCACUGAGCGCCUUCUGUUAUGAGAACGAAGUGGCUCUAAGCUGCGGGGAGGAAGAAGAAGACAUAUUUGACUCUUCUCAGCAUGUAGGGAAGGAGAGGGGAGAGGAGAGAAGGACUUCAGCUGACUUCCAAAAUAUGUUCCACGACACCGCAACCAUGACCUCAGGCAGUCACAAUGUCAUGUGUGUUCUGGAUAUGGACAAUAACCAGAUGGAGUUUGACAUCCUACAGACUGCCAUUCCUCUUGAUCCAGUGACCUACAAGAGUGAUCAGGAAACCUAA